GCUUUUCGAAAGUUGAUUGUUUUCAAAAUAGCAUUGUUCAAAUACGAAAAAGGGGGGGGGGUUCAUCUCAGCCAACCAAUGAUCAUGGCCACGCCCCGCUUUUAUCAUUUUAUGCCCCUUGCUGAAGUGUUUCCCAACUGUCAAAAUUUCCAUUUACGCUACUUUUUCUUUACGGAUACAAACACACACAAUAAUAGACUAGAAUGGGAAAGCCUCCAACUUAUAGUUUAUCUCGAAAAUUAGGACGCAUGUCCUGGAACAAAUACAACUUGUUCAACAUUGCCACGAAAGAACUUCCGAAAAUCAGUACAAAGACCUUGUACCAACAAAAAUGGAUCGCAAAAAGAGAGACUCGUGCCUAUCACGGCGAUGAGAUUACUGAACGUCAAUUCAAGAACAAAUUCUUCGAUCCUCGCUUACCUACUGUGCAUCAGCCUAAAGAAGUCAACAAACGCCAUCCUCCAGCUGCCACGCUUAUGUAUGGAGAGUUAGAACGUCGUUUGGAUUUUGUUGUGUUUCGCUCCAAUUUCUGUCCCUCUAUUUAUGCAGCCAGACAAUUGUGUGUUCAUGGAAAAGUAUUAGUGAACGGUAAAAAGUUGGCUCAUCCAUCUCAUAAACUGAAAGAAGGAGAUAUUGUUACAGUAGACCCUCAUGCCAUACAAUUCUUGAAAGGGGAAAUAGGACAAGAAUUGGACUUUACACCCAAACCAUUCUCGCAACCUUUCUUAUUUGUACCAGAAUAUCUUGAAGUGAAUUACAACACCUGCCAGACUGUAUUCUUAAGAAAGCCGAUUUCUCGACCAGGCCGUACGGAAAUCCCAUCGCCUUAUCCACCCGAAUUCCAUUCUCUAGCUUAUGAAUACUACGCUGCUAAAUAAUAAAAUAGAGAAUGAAGGAUGUGACAGAGAUAUUCUUUAAAACUAGGCUAAAGUCAUUGCAUAAUAAAAAUGGCUUCCUAUUUAUGUACUAAACAAGACUCGAGCAGUCGUCUCAAUGCUUCCAUAGGGAUGGAGAGCAAUACACCAUCCAUAGUGCAAGAAGUCAGUUGUAAGCGCAGAGAUAAAGAGUAGCUGAAAUUUCCUGAAUGUUCUAUAAAAAUCGAAAAAGGUCAUUUUUCUUUAAAAAUACAACUUCCUCUUACUUGACCUUUUUUUUU